GCGUGGACUUCUUGAACCAUGCUGCAGCGCCAAACGCAUCCAGUGAUUGGGACGAGGAAUCCGGGUCUGUGGAGGUGCGCGCCCUCGCGGACUUGAGCAAAGGCGACGAGGUUCUGCUUUCCUACGGCUGCCUUUCGAAUCCGCUGCUCUGGCGCACCUACGGCUUCACACUUCCCUUCAGGUCUGAGCCCAUGUGGACUUGCACCUUCUCACAGCAGGAGCUCAGCGAGGCGUCGGAUGCCGCGGAGGAGCUGGAG